CUGCCUUACAAGCACUGAAGAGAAAAAAGAGAUAUGAGAAACAGUUGAGUCAAAUUGAUGGAACACUUUCAACCAUUGAGUUCCAGAGAGAGGCAUUGGAAAAUUCUCACACUAACACAGAAGUGCUCAAGAAUAUGGGUUAUGCUGCACAAGCCAUGAAAAAAGUACAUCAAAAUAUGGACCUGAACAAAAUUGACGAUUUGAUGCAAGAUAUCACCGAACAGCAAGAUGUUGCCCAGGAAAUUUCAGAUGCUAUCUCAAACCGAGCAACCUUUGGCGAUGAGUUUGAUGAGGAUGAGUUGAUGGCAGAAUUAGAAGAACUGGAGCAAGAAGAACUGAACAAGGGAAUGAGAGAUGUCAGGUUGCCAAGUGUUCCGUCCACAUCGCUGCCUUCUGGCCCUGCAUCGACCAGGAGGAGAGCGGAGGAUGAAGAUGAGAUGAAGCAGCUGGCUGCCUGGGCUUCAUAA